GCGAGCGUCCAUAUGAUAAUGAUCCAAUUCAAUUAAACAUUAUUUCUCAACAACAUUUAUGAUGAAAGACAAAAUUUGAAAGUCAUGGUAACUAGCUGAUCAUUCUCCUUUACAAUAUGGAGAAUGUAAGCUGUACUCUGUUAGAUAAACUGAAAUUGAAACACAGUGAAAAGGAAAACAGUAAGUUAAACAAAGAAAACGAAGAGGAAUCUGCAGUAGGGGUUCGUACAAAGCUGCGUGCACUUAUGGUUGCACUGUUCGGAAUAUCAAUGUCACUGUGUGCAAUAGCAUCACAGCCAGUUGAACUUGAAUUGGAAGAUGAUGAAGUAGCACAGAGAUUGAACAAUGUGACGUUCGCGAGGAGGAUUGCAAAGCCUACGAUUCGUCUGGUUAUCGGCUACGGGACUUUGAGUGCUACUGUCACUGCUGUGACCUCUUUGCUGUUACUAAUUGCAGUUAUGUCAAGGAAAUCUUGGUGGCAACGUGGUGCCCGAUGGUUGGCCGCGCCAGCCCUUCUUGUAGCUGCGUUAGAGGCGGCCUCAGACGCGAGCGACGCCCUACUUGUCACUAUACUGCGAAGCUCUGAAGCCCCGAUUAGACUUUUCCUACAAUCCCUAGCAGCUUGCGCACUCAUUACGACCGAAAUAUUAAUCUGGUACUUCAUAGCGAAAUUUUUUGAAUACAAUCCAACGGUAGUGGUCCCGGCGGAGAAAUUAAAAGGUAAAGAUAACUAGAGGGAAAACUCUGAUAAUUGUUACAUACAUUACAUAUUCACUGUUAAGAAUAUCAGUAUUCAUCGCUUUUAAUAAAUAUCUUUUAACUAUUG